AAAUGCCUCCCCAGCCAGUGAAGCCCGCUCUCCGCACACUGGGCACCAGGGUCAUCCAAUCAUCACCCGCGCCACCAGCUCAAUUAUCAGCUCCUCCUGCUGGCAGUGGCAGAGACCACACGAUUGACUUUGCCGUCGUCGAGAGCGCCCUCCAUGCUCGCGGGUAAUGCAUAUUAUGCAAGCACAGCGCUGACACCCACCAGACCAGGCAUGGUCUCUCUUUUUGUCUCUGUUGCCGUCCGUGUACUUGUGUUGUGGCUGUGUGUGCCACCUGCAGGUAUGGUGUGACGCCCAUAUCCAUCCCGUCCGCUGCUGCCCAGAGCGAAAAGCCCCUCCUCCUGCCCGUGGUUGCCGGCGUUGCACACGUCUGCGAAAUACGAGCCCCCUCUGACCCCGAAGCAAAGGCGGUGCUCAGAGCCAUUGUCAGCUCCCAUGCGCCGCGGGAAGAAGAGGAUGAGGACGAGGAGUCCUUCGUUGAGAGCCUCCUGGUGGACAUCAGGGCGGUCAGUGAGGAAGGCGAGGAUGACAGCCCCCGUCGAAAGAGCCGGCGGGCGUGCGAGGUGGCCAUGGAUGACGAGCUCAAAACGGUGCUCAAGGCGGCGACCAUGAGGCAUCCGACGGUGCGGUCGAAGCUUUUCGGGUCUAUGGCGGUGGCGCACUCACUCGCGUACCCCCUCACAGUAGCCGAUAUGGCUCAUAUGGCCGCCGACACCGCCCAAGCUCCGUGGAAGGUGUUUCUCAGUGUCCUCAGCCUUCGCACAGGUCAAAGAGAGACUGAUACAAAGACGCAAGGGACCACAGAAUGUCACUCACGUUUCACAUGUCAUUUAUGUAUGCAUCAGGUGAGGUGGCGGUGAGUGUGCGUCUGCCUCCCCUCCUUGUCUGCCGUCGGCGAGUCCCACCAGCAGCCGACAAGACCGCUGAGGCACUCAGCCCACGCUCCCGCCGCAUGCGAAGAUACAGCUACGAGCCUGUCGAGGCCGCCGCCACACCAAGGACGCCGGGCACCCCUGCGAUAAGGCACCGCGUACCAAGCCACUUUGUGUCCCCCAGAAGCACACCUGCACCGAAGUCUGCGGGUCGGGCGGGACCGCCCCGUCGGCUGCGGACAGGCAUACAGUACAAGUUGGACGAGAGGAGGAGACAUGCUUUGCUCAGCGAAGGGCAUGUGGAGUCUCCCCCUCGAUCGCAUUCCCUACAGAGUGCCGAGGACAGGAUGGAGGCAGAGGAGAAGGCGCGCAAAGAGGGGCGACUCUUCACGCCCCUGAUGCAGCAGAGGCUCGCAGCCAGCGCGGCUGAGAGCGGGGCCUCCACACGGCGGCGGCCGCGUCUGAAGGAGGUGGUUCAGCGUGUGAUGCGGCAGCUGGCCAUGAUGCGCAUGGGGGCCAUGUUCGAGGGCUACCAGCUGCAGAUCAAGUGGAUGCAGCUCGUCGCACACGCUUCCUUUUUCACCUUCUUCUUCAAGAGGAAACGGGAGCUGGCCAUCGUGAGGACCGACCGAGAGCUGUGGACGGUGGGCAUGAUGGCGUCCGUCUAUGCCGCCAUCCGCAUGCAGGUCAGGUCAAGGAGGAGGGCGAAAGGACACAAAGGGCAGCCAGUCGCAUUUUGUGUGUUUUGCUGGAAGGGCGGGUGGGCGUGGCGUUCUGUUUGUGUGUGUGUGGUGAAGUGUAGGUGUUUCUUGCGGCACUGAGGUUGCGGUCUCCAGUGGCUUUCUGGUCCAACAACCUGACGGCCCUGCUGCAUCCACGCCCCCCGAUCACACAGCAACAAGCUGACAGGGCGAAAGGUGAGGAGGGAGGGAGACAUGGACCACUGCCUCAGAGAGCACCAGCUGAUGCAUCCAUCAAUGGCAAUUUCUCUCUCCUUUGUCUGCCUGCCCGCCUGCAGCCCUGAUUGCCCCCCUGCUCUCCCUCAUCCCUCAGCCGCUUCCAAGACGGCUGCCAUCCAGACCUCUCACCACACACUCCAUCCAGAGAAACAGGCAACACGACACCAGCCACCGAGACCACGACCGGCCUCCCACCCACCCCACAGCCACCACAGCAGCAGCUGGGGCUGCUCCAGCUGCUCCACGUCCACCGAGCCCCAGUAGUGGCAGCUUCCCCAACCUGGUCGAGGCCAUGGCGAGUGUGCCGCAGUCGGCUGUAUCGGUGGCUGCCCAGCCCCCGCCCAAUCAUGAGGUCUACAAGAUUAUGACAAGCCGGCCGGUGAGCAGCCAGCCGUCGAGCAAGGAGUCGUACAAGAGCGACAAAGGGGCUUUUUUUGACUGCGAGAAUGACGCGGCGCUCAUCCUGAGGCCAAAGUCGACUGACACGGAUACCAAAGAGCAGCGGCAGGAUGAGAUGGGAGGCAGAGACACGACUGAUGGCGGCCCCGUGGAGGGUCCCCGGACACGCACUCCACUCAAGAGCACCCCUGGCACAUCCGUCACGCCUCAACAGCCUCCCCAAUCACCCCUGCGGAUCCCCCUGCUGCCCCUGCAGAAAUUGCCACACGAGCCGACGACGAGCAGACAAACACAUCGGCAGGCGGCCAACGCCCACACAUCGCCCAGACAGGACGGCGUGAGCUUCGACCACUCCUACUCAAUGACCUGCUCCAGCAGAGCCUCGAGUCCGCGCAAGAGAGCUACUGGGGAGUAUUUUCACAGAAGGGACCCCGGCUACGAUGUGAGGUCGACCGAGCCCCUCUCUGAUCGGAAUUUGGAGAGAUUUGGCUUUGUCCUGGGCAGGAAGCUCAAGACGACCACCACCAGCAGCCCGCUGACCUUCCUCGACGUGCGCAACCGCACACUCAAAGGGCGAAACACCACCACCCACAUGACAGCCGAGGAUGCCGCCCGCAGGAUGGCUACACACAUCGAGCACCACCUCGUCCCUUUCCGCUGCGAUGGCUCCUUGCUCCCCCUGCUGCCUCUCCCUCCACCCAUGUGGCCCCUCACGGCCACCGCAAGCGAGAAAUUCCGCUCAUCAGCUCGUCGCGCCAGCCAAAUUUCGGAGAGCAGACGCGUGAGCACGGCCCUGCAGGCUCCCGCCGCCAGCUCGAGCGCAUCUGAGAGUGGUACUUCCGAGAGCGCCUCUGCGUCGGGAGAGCCGCAGACGACAGCUCAUGAGGACCGCCGGAUCGAGGCCAUGAUUGACCGGCAUAGAGCGCGCUUGUCUGCGGGCCAGAAGAGGAAGCGCCGUAGCAAGCUCACGUAUGCGGUGGCGCUGUUCCACCACCUUUUGAAGGCGAACAAGGCGCAGCGGCGCCGGGCGAGGGGGAGGGGGGAGGAGCCGCAGGCUCUGGCGUUGGGCCGGAGGGACUCGUGGAUGCUGCAGCUCGGUGAGUGAACCCAUCCAAAACACAACACAACACAACACAACACAAGAAAGCGAAAAACACACACGGUCUUCUUGCAUGUCUGUCAGAGUCGCUGCUGCAGCAGGGUGUGGACGUCAACAUCUCGCCUGACGCACUGCUGCAGACCCUCGAGGGCCGCACCAUCUCCCGCCAGAUCGCACAGAGGAUCAAGCGCAUCCACAUGGACGAAGAGGCCGCAACGAGCGCUGAGAAAGGGGGAGCCAGAGGAAUGAAGAUGGAGGACUAUCGCAAGAUGGAGCGCAACUUCCUCCGGAGGUUGCGCGAGAAGCGGGCGCAGAAACUCGCCGAGUGAGUGAGUGGCUGACCCCGCCAUUCACCAGCAACGUGACGUGUCUCUCUCACGUGCUUUCGUUGCAUGUUGUAUGUGUGCAGGCGUAGCGCUGCUGCGUUUAAGCGAUUGCUGCGGCAGGGGUCUUUUCGCUCGAGGGUGUCGCUCGAGUACUUUGACGAGCAGGUCAUAGCGCGACGCAUGCCCUCUCUGCAGAGGCUGAGGGUCCUCCUGCUGGUCGCAAGUGGCAACGAGGGCGUGCUGUAUGACUAUGAGGAAGCCGAUUCGCGCCGAUGCAUCCAGGACCACGCCCACGUAGGAAGCGGAGCACCUGUGUCUCGUGUUCUGUUUGUUUGUGUGUGUGUCUCCAUGCGUAGCCCUUUUUUUUCCCUUCCUUGUCAGCUUCGCGCACUCACCCGCCGCAAUGGCCUGCCUGGACCAGAUUCCACAGUCCACUCAAGAGUGUAUAAUUGCACCGCACCAAGCCGUGUGUGACCGGUGUCCACCGCUUGCCUGUGUGGGUGUGUGUGGACACUUUUUGUGCGGUCCCUUUAUGCAGGACACUGACUGGCUUGCUCGAGGCUGCGGUGUUCCGGCAGGCUGCCCUCUUCGACCGUGCCAACAAAGACAGGGAGGCCGUGCGGCAGAAAGCCAUGGCGCACAAGACAUAUGCGGUGAGUGAUAGACACCUCAACAAGCCCUCUCAGCUCUUUUCUAUUUCCACCACCAGGCCAGCCUGCCGUCCGGAUCGCGCCUCAUGUUUGAAUCAGAGGGCCCCCUGGCCAGGUCUCGCAACGAGCUGCUCAAUAAGAUGAAGCGCAUGGAGGUGCUGGCCGUCAACCCCAGGCACAGAAGAGGCGGCCUCACUGCCGACCACAGGCGGCCGGCGACGACCGAGCGGGCGGUUGAGGGCGGUGUGGGUGAGGAGUGCGUGGCGUCCAAGUGGGGGCCGUUUGUCGUGGGGCGGUUGGAGUCGAGGCGGAGGACAUCCGUCUUGUCCACCAGGGGCACGACUCCUGCAGGCCUGUACAACCUGCGUGUUGGUGGGCCUGAUGACGCGCUCAAACAGCAGGUCAACACCGUAGACGGCAUCAUCAAGUAAAGGAACCAACCAGCCAAAUAGUGCUUACCGACAACCAUGGGUGUCACUUCAUCCCUCCUCCCCUUGCAGGCGGGAGGAGCUGUACGAUCGCCAUCGGCGUCGGUCCAUGUCUCCCGGCCACCGGGCAUCGUCGCCCCCGUCCCCCCUCUCGCGGCCGGCAGCAUCGCCCACCACCCACCAGCCAACCGAACGGGGCACAUCCCCGUCGCCAUUCGGCCAUGAGCGUGUGGUGUCUCCUCAAGCAACCACACAGGCCUCGCUGAGAGGGUGGUCCAGGGGGGUUGAGGCGUGGGCAGAUCUGAAGGGCAAGGACACGGAGAGGAAGGCUGAUGCGGCCGUCUCUGUGCGGCCGACAACUACUGCCACCGGCGGCGGCAGCAAACUGCGAGAAGCGACGUAUGAGUACUUCGGUGAGUUUUGAAAUGGCCCUGGGAUUCCCCACCAUACAUGUCAUGUCUCUGUGAUGACGUGCGUCUCUGGUGCAGAGAAGUGUUUCUCAAUGACCUACGACAUCGCUGGUCUGAUCAAGGAGCUGGAUCACACCCUAGACCAGAGCAGAGAGCUGCUGACGGCCACGCAGAAGAGGAGGAGCAAGUACCAAUUGUAUCAGUACCUUUAUGGGCGAGAGAACGACAGUGCUUCCGGGAGCGGGGAGGAUUCUGACACUGUCAGGGGAGAGAAGAAGGCAUGGAGAGGAGGGGGUAAGCCGAACAAGGGUGCGAUGCAUGUGAAUGUCAUCAGAAGAAGGCAUCAGCCCAGGACAGGUGGACGGGACAGGUGGCAGUGAGUGAGUGAGUCGAUCUGCGCGUACACGUGUGGUGUAGCUUCCUUCCUUUGUUGGAUUUGUGUAUGCUUUCUCCUCCUCCUUCGGGGACGCUUUGUGCCCGUCUACCUGGAUGGUUUUGAUUGCGAUGGGCCCCUGCUGCUUCCCCCCACCCACCGCUCGCGUACCCUCACCCUCACCCUCACACACACCACCAUAUGGACAUCGUUG